CGGCGACCCGGUUAAAGAGUUGGUUAGUGAAGCCGGUUAAAGAUUUGGUUUGUCAAUCGACUCAAUCCUCGUCUUUUGAUCCCUUUCACUCGUCUCGUCUCUCUUCCUCAAGUCUUUUUCUUUUCAUCGCCGAUCUAUCCGCCGUCGGCAAAAGCGGCGGAAUAAUUGGAUAAUCCUCAGGUCUCCGCUUCACGCUCGUGUUGGGGGAAAUUAGAUUGAUCGGAUCUGUCUGAAUGAUGGACGAGGAGUCAGCAAAAACUAGAGAGACCACCGUGAAUCAACAACAACAAUACUAUUACGGAACGUUUCAAGGCGUUGCCAAUUAUCCUCCUCCCGCUCCGCCACCGCAAUUACUACCGCUUCCACAACAACCUAUUGCCACGAGUCCCUUGCUUCCUCCUGUACAUGGUUAUCAAAAUCUCCAAGGUCAUGGUGGUGGUGGUGGUUUUGUGAAUUAUGCUCAAGGAUACCCUCUUGUUCCUCUUGUUGAGGUUAGACCGGUGAGAGAGCAUGACGUUCCUGUUCCUUGCUGUGGCUUUGGCAUGGGCUGGUUCUUGUUUAUUAUGGGCUUCUUGUUCGGUGGGAUCCCUUGGUAUCUCGGUGCUGUUAUUAUUCUUUUCACAUCUGUUGAUCAUCGCGAGAAGGCUGGUUACGUUGCAUGUUCUAUCGCUUCCGUUGUCUAUUUGAUUGCCGUCAUGCUCGGGAUGGCUGGGAAUAUUAACAUCAUCUGUAUACAACUAUACAAGUUCCAUUGAAGUUGGAUUGGACAU